CUUUCCUCUGGCUUUCUGUACGAGCUGGCUACGCGAGAAAAACAGAAUUUCCGGUUGCCACUUUCAAAAUAACACUUCGCGUUCGAGUUAAACAAGAACGGGAUAUUAAGGCUGGGUGGCUCCCCUCCAAAUUUUUGUAUAACAGAGAAUCAAGGGAUAUCACUCACAGUAACAGACCUGAUGCUUUUAUAAAUUUCACGUGUACUUCUUGUAACCAUAGGUUGAAAGGCUGAGGAGAGUCUUAUUUUGAAGGACCUGAGAGGAAGAUUUUUGUUUUUUAAGCUAACUUUAACUGCCCAAGCACACUGUGUACUAACGGCUACCUGCCAUUGGUGGUCUACCCUCUGUAGCUCCUGCAGCAGGAGUGUGUGUGUAUACGUGCGUUACUCUUCAGCUUGUCGUCUGUCAACAUCUGGUUGCCUUUGGACAAGGACGGUGAGACGUCCAGCUCUGACUGUAUGAAUUAAUGUGCCUGAGAGUCUGAUACACAUCUGCUCAAUGGCUACCUCAGGCUCCACCUCUUCUGCCUCAAUCACAGCCACUGUGCCUGAGGGUUUCCAUUAUGAAACCAAAUAUAUUUUGCUUAACUACCUAGGAAUGGUGCCUAUGGGUAGAUUGGACCGACCAGCUGCAGCUCACGCAGAUACUGAGGCUGACAAAACAAGAUCCAGAGUGAUAAAAGAGCACAUAGAGGAAGAGCUGAGAGAGCUGGAAGAUGAAAUUGCUGCAUCCUUUUCCAGGACAGGAUUUGACUCCCGCAAAUCACUGGUGUUCACUCCAGCCAACCCAGAGAACUCUGUUGAAGACUGCCUUGCUGCAAUGGGAGACAGGGUGGCCCGAGAGCUUGACACACACCUGUCAGCAGCUGUACACACACUCCUCACAGGACCUUUGGACUACCAGAAGUUCAGAUGCACAGUGCUGGAUCUUUCAACACACACACAGGGAGGCUGGAGCAAGGUGCUUGUACCUUUAGUGCUGCUCCAGGGUUUACAAAGUGAAGGCCAGUCGGUGACAACUCUGUUGGACCUGGGGCUUCGCUUCCUAGAGGAGAAUGAGGCGGACUACAUCAUUCAGCAGGGGGGAUGGGGUGAAGUAUUCAGCCUUGUGUUCGAGGAGGAGCAAGCUGCAACCAUUGCUGAAGACAGCAACGACAUUUACAUCCUCUCAGGAGACCAGCAUCACGACCAAAUCAGCUCUCCCUCAUCACUGCUGUGCACCGGAGACAACAGCAGUGACCAGAGCUCCUGGCAGACAGAAAGCUUACCUGUGUGUCUGGCUGGCCACGAGUCGUGGGCACAGGUUGGUACAAUGGACCCCGAAGACAUCAAGAGCCUGGAUAGCAACGAGGGUGUUGCUCUGGUUGAGGAGCGUAGCGAAAACAACUCCUCAAACUCGGACAUUGUCCAUGUCGAGCGUGAGGAAGCUGAGCUUUUGGAGGAAGGUGGUGAAGUCGGAGUGAUAGAAGAAAGCAUGAUGAGUGUUUUAGGCACUGAGAGUGAGCUGGCUGAGCUCAAGGAGGAAUUUAGAGACCAGACCCCUCCUCUGCCAGUGUCAGCUGAGGCAGACCCCACACCCCCGGGUUCCCUGAUUUCAUUAGAGGAGCCAAUUGUGAUAGAGAAACCUGCAAGUUUGUCUGCAGAACCUUCUUUCAUUUCCUCAGAACCAGAGCUGCUUUCCCUUGGCCCAGAAGCUGCCGAACCCCCUCCCACUGAACCUGAGCCUGCAGUACCUUUGUCUGUUCCUGCGGUAAAACCAGAACCUGAGCCAGAACCAGCUGCUGUCACUGCCCCAGUGCCUGCUGAGAUGGCACCCCCAUCUCCAGCCAAGGAAAUCCAAACAGCACCAGCAGAGCCUGAGCCCACAGUAGAACCAGCUUCCAAACCAGAGCUGAACCCAGAGUCCAUCACUGUGUCUCCUAAGCCAGAACCAGAGACUGUGGCAGAGCUAGACAAUACGGUUGCUGCUCCUCCAAUCCCAGAGGCUGUGAAGGACCCUGUAGAAGCCCCAGCCGAGGAGGCCCCAGUGCAGCCGGAGCCCGAAUCAGAGCUCCACGUGCUGCUUUAUGGAGGGGCUGCUCUGGCAGUCCUUGUAGCUGUUCUAGCAUUUGUUCUCAUAGGGUUCAAGAGGAAAUAACAUGGAAAGGGGUCAUCCUCAGGGGAGGAGAGUAUAGAGUGCUAUGGUAGAAAUAAAUGUAUUUGGAAUACACAUGGUGAGACUCUCCUUACAAGUAGUUUUUUUUUUUUUUUUAAUCUUCUAGGUAUAAAAUGUGUGAAAGUCUCCCCAGCAAACCAAAAUGUCUUUUCAUCCACAACCUUAGUGCUGGGAGUCCUUGCUGCUUCUUUCAACCAGGUGCACACACAGAAAUGUGAAGACAAUGCACUCCACUCUACUUCUGUUUUUCUUUUGGGGUUCAGUUUCAAUUUAGUUUCUAAUUUCUUUUUGACUCCAAUCUUUUGUACUAAUUAGUACAAAAGCAUGUUUGACCUGUUAUCCUUCUUCUGCUUUAUUCAGUUUCUGUUGUCGAUGGUUUUCUUAUUUGGAUUGUUUCUGCCACUGGAGUCAGUGAAGCUGGAAAUUCACUGAUGUACUGUUACAGAAUACGUAAACCUCAAGAUUAAGAUAGCUUGUCGUGCGACGGAUGGUUUUCUAGCUCUUCCUUUUCCUCCGCAACAAAGUGGUAUUCAUAUUUUUCUCCUUAACUGUGAUGAGUAAUUCUGAUACAUUCAUAAACAAACCAAAUUGGUUCUAUAGAAAUGAAUAAAGAUGUCAUUCUGAAACGAAUAUAUGAAUUUCAUCUGUACACAUUACACAAUACGUUUGUGCCAUCAGUGCAUAAAUCUUAUGAUGGUCUGAAAACAUGUCACUAUAGCAAAAUAUUAAAUCUUGAUGCAGUGGGAUUAUUUUUUUAGCAUGAUGCUAGCUGUAAUUACUCCAAAAAUGUAGAGCCUGAGUGCAGCACAUAGAUUCAGUAUUUAUUUGAACAUUUAUUUUAUGGUGAAAUUUACUGGAUCUCCAUUUCAACUUAUCCAGUCACAACCUGCCUUUUUCACUUACUUUGCUUUUGUACCCCAACAUCUUUAUUUAGUCCUCUGUAUUUUGCAUCUACCCCAGUGACAAGACAUUAUAUCCCUCGCCAAGUAGGAAAUGAGACAGUAGACUCCUUUAAGUUAUUGAAAGCAAAAUUGGGUCACUAAAAGACACCCCAAAACCACUGAACAGUUUCACAUAUGCUUAGAAGGCAAGUUUUCAUAAUGCCAUCUAUAAAAUUGGAUUUUGCAUUCACACUACAUUAAAGAAAUCUUUGAACUUAACAGUGAGCCAGUAGAGCAGAAAAAAAAAAUGUUUGAACAGGAAAUGGAAACCAGUAUAGUGGAAUGUCCCUUCGAUUCCUUUGUGGGAAUAGAUGGGAAAUUUAUGAGGAACUCAUGCUAUCUGUGUGUUAGCUUGGUCUUUAGGACACCCUCACUGUUGCUGCCUCACCCCAUAAUUUUCUGAGGUUUUAAGGAUAUUCUGGAAAUUUGUAUGGCUGUUCAUGUCAGUCUCAGUAUUGCAAAUGUAAUACUGACCAACUCAAACUGCACCUACUUUGAAAGGGAAACUUUAAGAGUUCAGGAUGGAUGUCAAAACAUGGCAUUUUGUACCUCCAGUUUCCUACAGAACAUUGUUUGAAGCAAGAAUAAUAAAGAGAUUAAACUACA